AAAAGAGAGAGAGAAAAAAUAAAAUAAAAAAGAGGACAAAAUAGGAUUAUUCUCCCACAGUUCCUCCAACAAAGCUAAGCUACCACCAUCAUCAAUGUUUCAGUUUCAGUUUCAGUUUCAGUUGAAACAAAAGGAGGAGCAAUUAUAUCCCAAAAAUACAAAACUGAAACUGUCCCAAAUUAAAUUCAUUACUUAAAUUAUAAAUAGAGAGAGAUAUGGGAAACUUACACGGCCUUCACAGAUCCCAUCACGCCGGCGAAACCCCCAACACCCCUUUCCCACCACCUUAUACACCCGCUCCAGCUCCACCAUCGGAUCACCACAUGACGGUGGGACCUUAUUGUGACGUAGACUCCAGCCUCCGCUCUCUCGCUGCAAAGGCCGAGGGUUUCGGCUGCGCCGCCGUUGGUGGUCUAAAUGGUCCGAUUUGCCGCGUCACUUCUUUAGCUGACGAGGGUCCAGGAUCGUUACGAGAGGCUUGCAAGAGACCAGAACCGCUAUGGAUUGUGUUCGAUGUGUCUGGAACGAUCAAUCUUUCUUCGUUUGUGAGCGUAUCAUCGCACAAAACGGUGGACGGAAGAGGCCAAAGAGUGAAGAUUACGGGAAAAGGGUUAAGGCUAAGUCAGUGUGAAAACGUUAUAAUCUGCAAUCUUGAAUUUGAAGGCGGUGUAGGUCCAGACGCAGACGCCAUUCAGAUCAAACCAAAAUCACACAACAUUUGGAUUGAUCGUUGUAGUCUCAAGAAUUACUAUGAUGGUUUGAUUGAUAUCACUCGAGAAAGCACCGACAUUACCGUCUCAAGAUGUCAUUUCAUGAACCACGACAAGACGAUAUUGAUUGGAGCGGACACAAGUCACGUGACGGACCGAUGCAUAAGAGUUACCAUACAUCACUGUUUCUUUGACGGUACACGUCAGCGACACCCUCGCGUUCGCUUCGCAAGUGUCCAUCUCUUCAACAACUACACUCGUCACUGGUCCAUUUACGCCGUUGGGGCCGGUGUCGAAUCUCAGAUAUAUUCUCAGUGCAACAUAUAUGAAGCUAGUGAGAAGAAGACUGUCUUUAAGUACAUCACUGAGAAGGCUGCGGAUAAAGAGAAACCUGGAGCUGGGUUCGUAAAAUCAGAAGGGGAUUUGUUGUUGAACGGAGCCAAGUCUUGUCUUAGCCAGGACGGUGGACAUCGCCACGUGUUCUCUCCGACCCAACACUAUUCUCAAUUGACCGUCGAAUCUCCUAGCGAAAAACUCAAGAACUAUCUGAAACAUUCGACCGGCUGGCAGAACCUUCCUCUCCCACUGGAUCACUAACCUCCGACCACCUAGCAAAAUAAAGUACUAUUGGCAACCAGGGUUCUUCUAUGAUCGGAUUUUAUAUAUGAGGCAGUACUGCAACAAAAUUGAGCUUCGACAAACAAAAUUAUAUAAUCUAAUUCGAUACGAUUGUCUACUUUUUCCAAUUCAAAGUUGGCAUUUUAUAGUUUCCAACUAAUAAAUAUUGUGUAUAUUUUGAGCUUUCGUGUGUUUGUAUGGAUUAUCUUAAUAAGAUAAUAACACAGUAGUGGUUCACAGCCCCUCUAAAGAAGAUUUGAAUC